CCUCACGUGACGCUCGUGCAGGUGAACAUGGCGGCAGGCGCAGGGCCUUCAUUUUGGCUGGGGAACGAAACUCUGAAGGUGCCACUGGCACUCUUUGCCCUGAACCGGCGGCGCCUUUGUGAGCGUCUGCGGAAGAACUCAAAAGUACAGGCCGGCUCUGUCGUACUGCUGCAGGGCGGGGAGGACACACAGCGCUACUGCACGGACACUGGGGUCCUCUUCCGCCAGGAGUCCUUCUUUCACUGGGCAUUUGGUGUCACCGAGCCAGGCUGCUACGGCGUGAUUGAUAUCGACACUGGGAAGUCAACCCUGUUUGUACCCAAACUUCCUCCCAGCCAUGCCACCUGGAUGGGAAAGAUCCAUUCCAAGGAGCAUUUCAAAGAGAAGUAUGCCGUGAACGAGGUCCACUACUCAGAUGAGAUUGCCAGUGUCCUGAUGUCACAGAGCCCUUCUGUCCUCCUUACUCUGCGUGGCGUCAACACGGACAGUGGCAGUGUCUGCAGGGAGGCCUCCUUCGAGGGCAUCAGCAAGUUUAAUGUCAAUAACACCAUUCUUCAUCCGGAGAUUGUUGAGUGCCGAGUUUUUAAGACGGACAUGGAACUGGAAGUUCUGCGCUACACCAAUAAGAUUUCCAGUGAGGCCCACCGAGAGGUAAUGAAGGCUGUAAAAGUGGGAAUGAAAGAAUAUGAGAUGGAAAGCCUCUUCGAGCAUUACUGCUACUCCCGAGGUGGCAUGCGCCAUAGCUCCUACACCUGCAUCUGCGGCAGUGGUGAGAACUCAGCUGUGCUGCACUAUGGACACGCCGGGGCCCCCAAUGACCGCACAAUCCAGGAUGGAGACAUGUGCCUCUUCGACAUGGGUGGUGAGUAUUACUGCUUCGCGUCUGACAUCACCUGCUCCUUCCCUGCCAACGGCAAGUUCACUGCAGACCAGAAGGCCAUCUAUGAGGCGGUGCUACGGAGCUGCCGUGCUGUCAUGAGCGCCAUGAAGCCAGGUGUCUGGUGGCCUGACAUGCACCGCCUGGCUGAUCGCAUCCACCUGGAGGAGCUGACUCACAUUGGCAUCCUCAGCGGCAACGUGGAUACCAUGGUCCAGGCCCACCUGGGAGCUGUGUUCAUGCCUCACGGGCUAGGCCACUUCUUGGGCAUUGACGUGCAUGACGUGGGGGGCUACCCUGAGGGAACAGAUCGCAUUGAUGAGCCUGGCCUGCGGAGCCUGCGUACAACACGGCACCUGGAGCCAGGCAUGGUGCUCACUGUGGAGCCAGGCAUUUACUUCAUUGACCAUCUCCUGGACGAGGCCCUGGCAGACCCAGCCCGCGCCUGCUUCUUUAACCGCGAGGUCCUGCAGCGCUUCCGUGGUUUUGGUGGGGUCCGCAUUGAGGAGGAUGUCGUGGUGACCGACAGCGGCAUGGAGCUGCUGACCUGUGUGCCUCGCACUGUGGAGGAAAUUGAAGCAUGCAUGGCUGGCUGUGACAAGGCCUUUACCCCCUUUUCUGGCCCAAAGUAG